AUGACCGCAGCCUUCCGCCUCCGCCCCGGAUCAGCCGCCGAUCUCGUCCACGCCGUGCGUCUCUACGACGCCUGUCUCGGACCAGACAAGCUAGUAUCCCUCUUGUUCCCAGCCAAGCAGGACGAUCCCGCAGCAUACAACAAGUACCUCUACAGACUAUACGCGAAGCGUUACUGGUCCGUCGAAUGGAUGUUUACCUUUGUCGUCAAGGAAGGCGGCGAUGCCGUUGGGACCGAAGUCGUCGGCUUUGCGUGCUGGAAGAAGCCCAAGACCGAGAUUCCCUUUAGCGAGCGCUGGUUUACUCUCUUUGCCUGGAUCGCCCCCGUCAUGCGCGCAUUCAUCACCCUCCAGAACAAAAUCGCGCCCCCCAACGUCGACUUCCACGUCGCCCACGCCUUUGACCGCUGCUUCCCACCCGUCGAAAAGGCCGUCUUCACGGGCAAGAAUCCCCAAGAGUGGUGGUAUCUCAGCACCCUCGCCGUGCACCCCUCCGAGCAAGGCCAUGGCUUGGGCGCUCUGCUCAUGGCCCAAGGACUGACAAUGGCCGACGAGUUUCAGGAGAAGCAGGCCCUCGUCAAGGCGGAGGGCAAGGCGAGAGGAAAGGUCUGGCUGAUUGGCCUCAGGGGCACGGAUACCUUUUACUCAAGGUUCGGCUUCGGCGAGGUGGGCAGGGCGAAUGUCGGCGAGUUGAGCGAGUGGGACGGCGGCCUUGUCAUGUUUCGAGAGUAA